UCAUUGGAGAUUAAUUUCUGACAAAUCUCGAAGCCUGCUUAUGGUGUUUCGAAUGCUCUCUGCGAACACAAACUCGAAGAAAAACCCAAGAACUGAAAGCAAAAUCAACUCUUGGCGCCCAAUUUGAGUCCACAACAUAAUGACGCAGCAGCCAUCGGUGCCACCGCUAUCGCUGCCUCCUCCAUCACCGGUAGCGCAAGGGGUGCAGGUGCGCUGCGCCGGCUGCCGGAUGAUCCUGACUGUGGGACCGGGGUUGACGGAGUUUGUCUGCCCGACUUGCCAAUUGCCGCAGAUGCUCCCGCCGGAGCUGAUGAAUAGGGUCCAUCAGCACCACCUGGACAACCAUCAGCAACCGCAGCCGCCGAAUAAGGCGCCUCCUCCGCAAGCGCACGGGAUCGAUCCGACGAAGAUGCAGCUGCCAUGCGCUAAUUGCAAGGCAAUCCUCAAUGUACCCCAUGGUUUGGCCAGGUUCAAUUGCCCGCAGUGCAAUGUUGAACUUGCCGUCGACUUGUCGAAGAUUAAACAAAUGUUUCCUCCUAGGCCUCCUAUCGAGGAAGUGAACGAGGUUGCCAUUGAAGUGGAGCGAGAGGAAGAUGAGGGUGGCAUGGCGGGAGAAACAUUUAUGGACUAUCGCCCUCCGAAAUUAUCUAUCGGACCCUCUCAUCCAGAUCCUGUUGUGGAGACAUCUUCCCUAUCAGCAGUGCAGCCACCUGAGCCUACUUAUGAUCUGAAAAUUAGAGAUGAUUUGGAAAGUUCAAAUGCUUUGUCAUGUUUGCAGAUUGAGACGUUGGUGUACGCCUGUCAGAGGCACCUCCAGCACCUUCCAAGUGGCUCUAGGGCAGGAUUUUUUAUUGGGGAUGGAGCUGGUGUGGGUAAAGGUCGAACCAUAGCAGGUCUAAUUUGGGAAAAUUGGCACCAUGGAAGGAAAAAAGCAUUGUGGAUUUCUGUUGGUUCAGACUUGAAGUUUGAUGCUAGAAGAGAUUUGGAUGAUAUGGGGGCUGUGGUUAUAGAAGUGCAUGCUUUGAACAAGCUGCCUUAUUCUAAGCUUGACUCAAAGUCUGUUGGGAUCAGGGAGGGAGUAGUGUUUUCAACAUACAGCAGCCUCAUUGCAUCUUCGGAGAAAGGUCGUUCUCGUCUGCAGCAACUUGUGCAAUGGUGUGGAUCAGGAUUUGAUGGUCUUGUCAUAUUUGAUGAGUGCCACAAAGCCAAAAAUUUGGUGCCUGAAGCCGGAAGUCAGCCAACACGAACAGGUGAAGCAGUUCUUGAUAUUCAGGCUCGCCUUCCUGAAGCACGUGUUGUUUAUUGCUCUGCCACUGGUGCUUCGGAACCACGCAACAUGGGUUAUAUGGUCAGACUUGGUCUCUGGGGAACUGGAACAUGUUUUCCUGAUUUCCAGAAAUUUUUAGGUGCUCUUGAUAAAGGAGGUGUUGGAGCACUGGAACUCGUUGCAAUGGACAUGAAAGCAAGGGGCAUGUAUGUUUGCCGCACCCUUAGUUACAAAGGGGCAGAGUUUGAAGAAGUUGAAGCACCAUUAGAGGCUGAAAUGAUGGAAAUGUACCAAAAAGCAGCAGAAUUUUGGGCAGAGUUACGAGUGGAAUUGCUUUCAGCCAGUGCUUUUCUUACCAAUGAGAAACCUACUUCUAGUCAAGUGUGGAGAUUGUAUUGGUCAAGCCAUCAGCGCUUCUUUAGACACAUGUGUAUGUCAGCUAAGGUGCCAGCUACUGUAAGACUAGCUAAGCAAGCAUUGGUGGAAAACAAAUGUGUGGUCAUUGGCCUUCAGAGCACUGGCGAGGCUCGAACUGAAGAAGCUGUGACAAAAUAUGGUCUUGAACUUGAUGAUUUUAUUUCGGGACCUCGAGAACUAUUGCUGAAAUUUGUGGAAGAAAAUUAUCCCGUGCCUGAAAAGCCUGAGCCUCUCCCAGUCCCAGGAGAAGAGAGUGUAAAGGAGCUUCAGCGAAAGAGGCACUCUGCAACUCCUGGUGUAUCAAUAAAAGGAAGAGUAAGAAAAGUUGCAAAAUGGGAUCCUGCAACUGAUGACGAAAGUGAUUUAGAAUCUGAUUCUGAUUCUGAGCAUGAUUCUAACGAGUCUGAUGAUGAGUUUCAAAUUUGUGAGAUUUGCACUACUGAGGAGGAACGAAAGAAAUUGCUCCAAUGUUCAUGUUGUGGCCAACUGGUCCAUCCUACAUGUUUGGUACCACCUAUUAGUGAUCUUGUUUCUGAAGAUUGGUCAUGCCACUCAUGCAAAGAAAAAACAGAGGAAUUUCUUCAAGCAAGAUAUGCCUAUGUGGCAGAACUUACGAAGAGGUAUGAAGCGGCUUUGGAGCGUAAGACAAAAAUUUUAGACAUUAUUCGUUCUUUGGAUCUUCCAAACAAUCCUUUGGAUGAUAUUAUUGAUCAGCUCGGAGGCCCUGAUAGAGUUGCAGAAAUGACUGGUAGGCGAGGCAUGUUUGUAAGGGCCUCUAGUGGAAAAGGUGUAACUUAUCAAGCACGAAACACAAAGGAUGUGACGUUGGAAAUGGUCAACAUGCACGAGAAGCAGCUAUUUAUGGAUGGAAAGAAGUUGGUUGCUAUAAUCUCUGAAGCUGGAUCAGCCGGUGUUUCUUUGCAGGCUGAUAGAAGAGCGGAAAAUCAGAAACGAAGGGUUCAUAUAACGCUAGAACUCCCCUGGAGUGCUGACCGAGCAAUUCAACAGUUUGGAAGAACUCAUCGGUCAAAUCAAGCUUCUGCUCCCGAAUAUAGGCUAAUGUUCUCUAAUCUUGGUGGAGAACGCAGAUUUGCAUCUAUUGUUGCUAAGAGAUUGGAAACCCUUGGAGCCUUAACGCAGGGAGAUCGCAGGGCAGGACUAACUUUGAGUGCUUAUAAUUAUGAUAGUGCUUAUGGAAAGAAGGCCUUGAUGGUGAUGUAUAGAGGAAUCAUGGAGCAGGAUGCUCUGCCAGUUGUACCUCCUGGAUGUUCAUCUGAAGAACCUGAUACAAUUCAAGAUUUUAUCACAAGGGCAAAAGCAGCUCUAAUGUCUGUUGGAAUCGUCAGGGAUACACUUUUUGGUAAUGGAAAUGGUAAGUUAUCUGGCCGUAUAAUUGACUCGGACAUGCAUGAUGUUGGUCGUUUCCUCAAUCGGCUCUUAGGUCUGCCACCUGACAUUCAGAACAGGCUGUUUGAGCUUUUUGUCAGCAUUUUGGAUCUUCUUAUUCAGAAUGCACGGAUUGAAGGAAAUCUUGACUCAGGGAUUGUUGAUUUGAGAGCUAAUAUUAUUGAACUACAAGGAACUCCAAAGACUGUCCAUGUUGAUCAAAUGUCUGGGGCAUCGACAGUGUUGUUUACUUUUACUUUGGAUCGUGGGAUUACAUGGGAGUCUGCGAGUACCAUGCUCAAAGAGAAGCAAGAAGAUGGGCUUGGCUCAGCGAAUGAUGGAUUCUAUGAAUCUAAGAGGGAAUGGUUGGGGAGACGCCACUUCAGUUUAGCAUUUGAGAGUACUACAUCAGGAAUGUUUAAGAUCGUCCGCCCUGCUGUUGGAGAAUCACUAAGGGAAAUGCCUUUGGCAGAGCUAAAAAAUAAAUACAGAAAAGUAUUAUCUUUAGAGAAGGCGUGCAGUGGAUGGGAAGAUGAGUACGAAAUCUCAUCCAAACAGUGCAUGCAUGGCCCCAAUUGUAAACUUGGCGGCUUUUGUACUGUUGGCCGAAGACUGCAGGAAGUAAAUGUUUUGGGUGGCCUCAUUCUUCCUGUUUGGGGAACUAUUGAGAAGGCUCUUUCAAAGCAGGCUCGCCAGAGCCAUAAGCGGCUUCGGGUUGUGCGAAUAGAGACUACCACAGAUAGCCAGCGAAUUGUUGGGUUGUUGGUGCCCAAUGCAGCAGUUGAAUCAGUUCUUCAAGAUUUGGCAUGGGUUCAAGAAAUUGAUGAUCAAGACGAAGUAGGGCCUUAGAGAUCCCUUACUGUAAAUGUUAGCUGCAAUGCCCACAAAAAAAAAAUUGCAAGUGGUACUGUGCUGCGACUUUUGGCGGAAUUGAAUCACAAGACCACAGGAGUCGAAUACAAGAACAAGUACCGUGUGAACCACGUAUUGGAAUUGUGCAGCCUCAUUCAUUUUUUUUGUUUCAGGCUCCAUUUUUUGUUAUGUGGGCAUAUCAUAUUUUGUAUAUUUUCUUCAUUAAACAAGAUCAUUGCCAUGGAAGGCAAAACACAUCACUGCAGUAGCUGUUAGGCUCUAAUGUUUAUAGAUUUCCUUGAACUAACUUGUUUCAGUUACCUUAAGGUUGCAAUAGAAAAUUAUCUUUUGUUAAAA